AUGCCCAUAGAGUAUAUAUUCAUAUUCAGUACGCAGACUCCGGAUCUCGUACAGAGAUAUGGCCGUUGGUGGAUUCCUGAAACAGAGCGGGACAGAAAGCGAGUACUGGACGCUCUCAUGAAGCGGCCGAAGAAAACUCCAAUCCUUACGCUUUACCGCCAGCGCAAGAUAGCCGUUCGCUGCUACGGAGAUCUGUUGUUCGCGGUCGGAAUUGAUUCUCCAGAGUACGAGUCUAUGGCGUUCGAGCUCAUUCACCUCAUCAUAUCAGUGCUAAACGACUACUAUGGCAAUGUUACGGAAUCCGACAUAAUUCACAGGCCAGACAUCAUAGUUCACUUGAUGGAAUACAUGAUAUGCUCCGGGAUCUUGGUGCAGCCAGGCAAAGCAUCUUUGGUUAAGCUGCUAAAAGAGAUCUGA